CUUCCCACCCCACCGGGCGACCUCCCGUGGCCUGCACAACGUACGCGGGGACCCCUGGCGUUGGAUCGACCGCGCACCGCGAGGUUCAGAAUCGUCCCACGUGGGCAUCGGGAACCUCCAUGACAAGGAGCGAUGCUGCCCCGAUGGGAGCUGUCUCUUUACCUGCUGGCUUCACUAGGCUUCCACUUCUAUUCUUUCUAUGAAGUUUACAAAGUCUCCAAAGAACAUGAAGAAGAACUGGACCGAGAAUUUGAGCUGGAGACUGACGCUUUAUUUGGAGGAUUAAAGAAGGACCCAACUGACUUUGAGUGGAGCUUCUGGAUGGAAUGGGGGAAGCAGUGGCUGGUGUGGCUUUUCCUUGGCCACGUGGCAGUGUCUCAGGUGGCCACGCUGCUUGCAAGGAAGCACAGACCCUGGAUUCUCAUGGUCUAUGGGAUGUGGGCCUGCUGGUGUGUGCUGGGGACCCCAGGUGUGGUCAUGGUCUUGCUCCACACCGUCAUCUCCUUCUGUGUGGCCCAGUUCCGGUCGCUGGUCCUGUCGUGGCUCUGUUCUCUCCUCUUGCUCUCCACGCUGAGGCUGCAAGGUGUGGAGGAAGUUAAGAGAAGGUGGUACAAGACAGAAAACGAAUAUUACUUGCUGCAGUUCACGCUGACUGUCCGCUGCCUGUACUACACCAGCUUCAGCCUCGAGUUCUGCUGGCGGCAGCUGCCGGCCGAGCGUGCCUCCUACUCCUUUCCCUGGAUGCUGGCCUAUGUCUUUUACUACCCGGUCUUCCACAACGGGCCCAUCCUCAGCUUCCCGGAGUUCGUCACACAGAUGCAGCAGCAAGAGCUUGGCUCCCUGAAGACCAGCUUGUGGGUCCUCAUCCUGGGGCUGGGCCGCCGCCUCCUCUGGUGGUGGCUGGCGGAGCUGAUGGCUCACCUUAUGUACAUGCACGCCAUCUACAGCAGCAUCCCCCUGCUCGAGGCUGUCUCCUAUUGGACCUUAGGAGGACUGGCGCUGGCGCAGGUGCUGUUUUUCUACGUCAAGUACCUGGUGCUCUUCGGUGUCCCAGCGCUGCUCAUGCGCCUGGACGGACUCAAGCCACCGCCCCUGCCCCGCUGCGUCAGCACCAUGUGCAGUUUCACCGGGAUGUGGAGGUAUUUUGACGUUGGACUGCAUAAUUUCUUAAUCAGGUAUGUGUACAUUCCAGUGGGCGGGUCCCAGCACGGCCUGCUGGGGACACUGUUUUCCACUGCGAUGACAUUUGCAUUUGUGAGCUACUGGCAUGGAGGAUACGAUUACCUCUGGUGCUGGGCAGCACUCAACUGGCUGGGAGUGACCGUGGAGAAUGGAGUCCGGAGGCUCGUGGAGACCCCCUGCAUCCAGGACAGUUUGGCCCGACACCUCUCCCCGCGAGUCCGAAGACGCCUCCACGCCGCCCUUGCGUCUUGUUCCACCUCGAUUCUGAUCCUGUCCAACCUGGUGUUCCUUGGAGGCAAUCAAGUCGGGAAAACCUACUGGAAUAGGAUCUUCAUACAGGGCUGGCCGUGGGUGACCCUCUCUGUCCUGGGAUUCUUGUACUGCUACUCGCAUGUGGGCAUUGCCUGGGCCCAGACUUACACCAGGGACUGAUGCCGUUAGGCUCAGGCCAGCCCUCGCUGCUGGCCUCCAAGGCAAAAUGGUGCUUCACCUUGACCUCCCACUCCAACAUAAUCUCCAAGAGAUCAAGAUCUGCUCAUCUUCUGUUGAA